GAGGCGGGGAAGGGAUGGGGUUCUCUGACCAUGGCAAAAACGCUUGGCAGUUUAACCUUGCUAGUACCACCCAGACUUCAUUCGAAAAUGGUCUUUCGAGCCCUCAAGGAGUACAAAGUAGUAGAAUUGCAACCUUGCCAAUGGACCUGAUCGGUUUUGGUUAUGCGGCCCUUGUGACGUUUGGAAGCAUCUUGGGAUAUAAGCGGAGAGGUGGUGUUCCAUCUUUGAUCGCUGGUCUUUUUGUUGGAUUUUUGGCUGGCUAUGGAGCCUACCGUGUCUCCAAUGACAAGCGAGAUGUCAAACUGUCAUUGUUUACAGCUUUCUUCCUGGCCACCAUAAUGGGUGUGAGGUAUAAGAGAUCUAAGAAAAUCAUGCCAGCUGGGCUGGUUGCAGGUUUAAGCCUCAUGAUGAUUUUGAGACUUAUCUUACUGCUGCUCUGAGAAUCCAGAGAAACUGAAGACUAAAUUCAUAUGAUUCUACUGUAACGGGCAGAGCAUACACUUUGGAUUUAAAAGAUAAACUUCAAGGUGGAAUAUUACGUGUCUUAUUUUACAUUACAAACAACAGAAACGCUCCAAAAUGAACACCAGUUUGAGGGAUUUUUUUUUAAACUGAAAACUCAACUGUUUUCUACUUGUCAGAUAAUGGUCUCGUUAAAGAUAUUCAAUAAAUCGUUAUACAUGCUUUCA